CGAAUAUAUUUUGGAUUUUAUUAAUUCGAUAAUUCGUUUGUUUUAAUGAUUUUUUUUUAUUUGGAAUUGAAAAAAAAGAAUGUCCGAAACAAAAUUGACGAAAAAGAAAUCAUCGAAAAUUGAUGAAAAAUUACUCGACACUAUAAAACAUUAUGAUUCUUUCUAUGAACAGCCUCCACCUGGACUAAUUAAAGAGGAUGAUGAAGAAAAACCAGAAGAUUCUAUACCGGAUAGACCAGAAAAUCAAGCUGCCAGGGAAUUUUUAGCAAAAGCUCCAACCAAAGGUUUAUGGAUGCCAUUAGGUAAAGAAGUAAAAGUAAUGAAAUGUUGGCGUUGUAAAAUAUAUGGACAUCGUAGUGGUGAUAAAGAAUGUCCAUUAUUUAUGUCCGGUAAUCGUGCAAUGGAAGAAUUUCGUCAUGCACAUGAAGAUCCAAUGUAUAAUUAUAUUAAAGAACAAGAAUUACGUGAUAAAAUUAAAAAAGUAGAAAUGUUAAAAGCAUUAUUAAAAUCUGAAGAUAAACAUUGUGGAAAAAAACGAAAAAAGAAACGAUCAUCUUCAUCGAGAAAAAAGAAAGAAAAAACAAUUUCACGUCAUAAACAUCGACAGCAAAAAUCUUCGUCAUCAUCAUCCUUAGAAUCAGAUUCUUCAUCAUCAUCGUGUUCAUCAUCAUCGUCGUCGUCGUCGUCGUCGUCGUCAGAUGAUGAUGAUGAUCAUCACUCAAAAAGACAUAAGAAAAUAAGAAAAAAAGAAAAUCAUAAAAAACAUGAAUCGAAGAAACACAAAUCGAUAAAAAAGAAAUAA